AUGAAUGCAGCCAACUCCCAUCGAGCAUCCUAUUACGAUCUUAGCGGCUUGCCUGGCCCCUCUACCCGUCGGCAGUCAGCUGCAGUUACAGUUCAGCGAAGACGCACGUUCGUUGCGAUUGACCACGCCGAGUAUAGGGCCAGGUGCGACCUUGCCAGGGUCUCGAAAAGCUCAUCAGGCGUUUACGACAUUGAGUGGAACAAGGAACUCGAGCAGGGCCAAUAUGGAUCCCCUGGCUUUCGAGAACAGCUGAAGGUCAUGGUCACAGUCUACCCUUACCGGGACGCAAACUGGAUCAUCGCAAUUCUCUUCAUCGUCGGCAGCAUAUCCUUCGCCAUCAACGGCUUCUUUGGUCUACUGCCAUUAGUGGCCCCUUUGACAGCAUUUCCGACAGAGGCGACCCUGGCAGCGCCUGUCACGAACGCGAUCGGAGCCGCCCUAUUCGUAACGGCUGGGUUCCUCACCAUGCCCGCCAUCUGGAAUACUGCCAACGGCACCAUAGAGCCUGUGUCGUCUUCCUCGUCCUCGUCCUCCAAGUUUGGGGGAGACGAGGAGCAGACGAAGUCAUACCAGCCGGCACUACUGAGCAGUCCAUCCUGGGUAUGGCUACCAAGCUGGGGCAUCCUCAAGGAUGCGUUGAAGACGACGCCCUUCCAGUCGGGGGCGAUGCAGCUCGUUGCCGGCUCCGUAUUGACCACCAGUGUCAUCUUCGGGUUCCCAGGCGUGCUUGCUCCUGACGAUCUUGUCGGCCUGUCGACCUUCGUAUUCACGCCUUUGCUUAUCGGGGGAGGAAUGUUCACUAUAUCCAACAUCAUGCUGCUGCUAUUUGCACAGGAGCGGUGGUAUAAGCCUCGUUUCGGGUCAGCUGCCUGGCAGGCAUCGCUGUGGAAUGUCAUUGCCUCGAUUCUCUUCGCCAUCACCGGUGUUCUAUUUUUAAGUGGAGAUACCUUGGGAGGCUCUGUGGCGUCAUUCAUUGGGAGUUGGGCUUUCUUGAUUGGGAGCGUAGUACAGUGGUACGACAUGAUGGCGUUUUAUUGCAGUUGA